AUGACGUCAAAGCGGCGAUCCGCGGGUGGGGCGUGUGGAGGCGGAGGAGGAGGAGGGGGGGGGGAGGCGAAGGUGCCACCGGACCGGGCGAGCGUCGAGGCUGUGGGGCUACGUAGGAGCCAUCGACCAGGGUCCGGGCCGGCGGCGACGGCGACGGCGGAGGCGCCGGCAGAAGCAGAAGCAGAAGCAACAGCGGAUCGCCGGGAAGUGGUCAGGGCAGGCGGCGCGCGGUUUUUCCCCGUUCCCCCACUGCGCCAGCAGGCUCGGCGCGACCGAGACUCGGGCCGCCUCCGCCUGCAGGAAACGGCGCUCGGGAACGUCGUCGUGAGCCGCUGCCACGCCGCCGCCGCCGCCGCUCGGGUUCGAAGGGAAAACCCUCGCGCGCCGCCAGUUGUGGAACGGACGCAUCGCCGCGCGCACCGCACGGCCACCGCGCUCCUUCGUCACUCGCGUCGAGUGCCUUCUGCCGGCCACCGCCUGCCUCCACGGCGGCCUCCCCCUUUCGCGAUGGCGGCCUUGCGCUUCCUCACAGUGCUGUCCGUGGUGCUCGGCAUGACGCUGGGGCAACACUUCCUUGGCAGUGGAAGACAACACGCACCUAACCGUUUCAACUUCUUCGACAUCGAAUUACUGAAGGAAGUUAUUCGUCAAGAAGGAGCUCACAACUUUGUAAUUUCACCUGCAAGUGCAAAGGCUGUCAAACAUCCUGGUACUGCAGUGGAAAUAGCAAAUCAAAUAUUUGUUAGUCCUGAAAUAACAGUUAACCAUCUGUAUCAAGAAGCUCUUACAAACAUUUACUUAUCAGGAACACAAAAUGUUGAAUUCACAAACCCGCAAUUGGCAGCAUCAACUAUUAAUGGAUGGGUGUUAAAAAAUACACACGGCCUAAUUCGAACUUUGGUUGCACCACAGGCAAUGAAUCCCCAAACAAAAGCACUGGUUGCAAAUGCUCUUUACUUCAGAGGAAGAUGGGCUGUGCCAUUUGAUAAGAGGGCAACAACUGUACGCUGUUUUUAUCCAAUACCUUCAGUUUGCAAAAACGCAAAUUUCAUGGAGACUGUAGGGCAACACUCCUUUGCAAAUCUGAGAGAUUUAAAUGCAAAAGCUCUUGAAAUUUCUUAUCAGGGGUCUAAAUUUUCUAUGCUCUUCUUAUUGCCAAAUAAUGAUAUUGAUGAGCUGCUACGAGAUCUAUCUUAUCAACCACUGAAUACCAUAAUUCCAAAAUUAGAAUCUACAACUGUAGUAGUAUCCAUUCCACGUUUUGCUAUUGAAUUUGACGUUGAUUUGACAGCAUCUUUGACCAAUCUGGGAAUAAAAGAUUUAUUUACACCAGCAGCUAAUUUGUCAGGUAUGGUACAAAAAGGAGAAAAUGUAUUCAUUAACAAGGUGUUUCAGAAAGUUGUAUUAGAAAUUGAUGAAGAAGGAACUGUUGGUGCAGCAGCAUCAGGUGCUGUUGCUGUACCACUUCAAGGACCAACACUUCCCAGAUUUCAAGCUUCAAGACCUUUCUUAUUUUUUGUUAGAGAUAUUGAAACAGGAAAUUAUUUAUUUGCUGGCUUUGUAGAACAACCAGAAUUAGCCACAGAGCCACUCAAUUCAAAUCCACCUCAACCUAAUUUUUCUACUGUUCUUAAGCCUGUUUCUAUCAAUCCUGUUGAAUCCAAAAUUGAUGAAACUACUCAUUCAAAUGGCUCUCCCAAUCGCCGGCCAGGUGAUGGCUCAGAUACUAUUCGUUAUCCUGUUUGAAGCUUGCCUAAAAAUGAAAGUUUAACAACUGUAGAAGACAAAAAAAUUGAAAGAUGAAUAACAAGAAGUGAAUUUCCACAUUUCUGCAAUUUUGAAAAUGUUUUUUAAAUAAAGAGUUUGAUAUACAUUUUUAGACUUUGAAAGUAAAUGUACAUGGAUGCAAAACACCGAUUUAAUGUAAAUAAACUAUGAUGUAUUUAAUUAAAACAACUUAAAUGUUAUGAUCACUCAUUUCUAUCAAAACUGAACCUAAAAGAUAACAAUCUUUGUGAAGCCAUUCAAGUCAUGCAAACAUUUCUAUUCAAUUGUACAAGGAAAAAUAGUUUAAAGUUGCAAAGAAAUUUCUCGAAACUAUCCACCACACACGUUGAAACACAAAGCUCAUGAUAUACUGAAUUGACAGAUUAAACAACAAAAGAUUGAAUAAGAAUACUGUGCAAGAGUUGAAGAUGCCAUGACAGGCAUGAUGACUGUUCCAAGUUUUCUGGAAAACUCGUUCAAUAUUGAAUUGUAAGAAAGAAUAAAACUAGAGGGUAGACUGAAUUUUCUCUUCUUUUCAGAUUUAUAGCACACUAAUGAUUUCCUCAAAAUUUUGCAGUUGAGUUGCUACUGAUGAAAAUGUCCUGAAAUUUUGUUUUGUGAAAAAUUUACUUUGUAACUUCAUUUUAAAAACAUUACUGAUGGAAUCAUCACCUUCUAUAUCUAAUUAACAACCGCUGAUGAAGGAGACAAGAUUACAGAAUUAAUAAACAAAAACUAAUGAAAGAACUAUUUUCUGCACAAUAAACUUUAUUUAAACUAUGUUAACAGAAGAUGUUAAUAAUCAAAUUUGGUGAAUCAAUAUUGGUUAAGGGUGCAUUUAAUUUUCAAAAUUUUAGAAUAAUAAAUAAAAUAAAUCAGAUUCACCAAGUGCGUAACUCACAGACUAAGAGGACACGAAGAUAUGAAUUGUAGAAUCACUGAUAGAAUUUUGUGGUGCCUCAAAACAAGGUUAGCAUAAAUUCUCAACUUGCGAAUAAGCUGGAUAGUCACGAGUGAUAAGGAGUACUCCAACUGCUGGUGAAGAUCCUUGGAGCAUGUAAAUAAGAGAAUGUUCACUCCUUAAGAUGAUUUGACUAGGAAACACUUGUCAAUUGCCAAGAUAAAUAAGAAAGGCAUAAAUGAAAUAAGUAUUUAACACACAAAUACAUAUUUUUAGGUUCUAUGGCUGAUAUUUUACUGUAUGCCAAAACAGUAUAAUAGGUUUGGGCCUAAAAAUUAUAUGUUUGUUUAUUGUAAUAAAUGUGUUAACUUUAUUCAUGUAUCAUUUUCACAUUGCCACGAGACUACCACUACCAAGUACCACCUAUUUUCAAUAACACUACAAUGUAAGUACCUACUGCAUUAAAACACCAAUAAUUUGUUUCACUACAGAUGGGGACGGCAUGGAAUCAAAGCAACUGUAAAGUUGUAGGUAUGGACUAAAUUAUUGUUAUUAAUUGCAUUAUUCACAAAGUGAAAUGAUAUUACCACUUAAGGGCCUGAAAGGUGAACAGUUGGAAUUAAUUUUCAAAUAAAUGAAUUUUAUUCCAAGCAGACUUAUAAUGUAACAUUUUCUUGGAUUUUAAUGCUCUUUAAGCUGUGAAUUGAUAACAUGACAUUCAUUGUUACCAUAUCAAUUAGAACAAACUCGACAAAUAAACAGAACCUACCUCAUUUUAAGAUCUAUACCACAAAUAUAAAAUCUGCAUACAUCUGAGUAAUUAAUACAUGAAACAUUUAUAAAAAUAAUAGAGAGUAUGUGAAACAGUUCAGAUAAUUGCAUAAAACUGAUGUUUUAAAAUAGAAUUACAAACUAACCAAGGCUAGUUGACUUCACCGUAAAUCAAUUUCACUGAAACUCACCAUAAAAGUAACUCAAUCAGUAAGUCAAUAUACCUAAAGUAGCCCAGUGAAGCAUAUGGGCUUCUGUGUAGUCAAUGCAGACCGCUCUGGACCUAAGAGUACGUCUAUAAAUUAUGUAAUGCAAAUUUGAAGUAUUUUGAAUACCCUCUAUCUGCUCUGUAAUGAACAUGUUAUGUACCGCACAU